GUACAGGAUGUGUUGAUCAUUAUUUCAAAAAAAAAAAACAGCUGAGUCAUUCUUUGCCUAUAACGAAAUAAUUUUGAUUGGCUGACAGUAAUCCCCGCCAAUCGAAAUUUGCAAUAAAUUCUUCUCUUAUACGGCGGGAAUUUUCGCCAGUCAAAUAAAUAAUCAUUACGCUUAGAAUAAUCCUACUAGUGAAGAUGAGGCUUUAAAAAGGUGAAAUAUGAAACUAGUUUACAUUCCUGUUACUAUCUAGUUUAAAAUAUCAUGGUUUCGUAAUCUGAUACUUAAUAUGUUAAUUGUGCGUUACUGGACGUAUUGAAAUUUAUUCUUAUAACCUUUUGUUAUGUAAUUUAGAAGGCUAAGAGGUUGCUAUGAGAUCCUUCUGGGUUUAAAAUGCAAUUAGAAACACCACAUAACGUGUCAAUAUAAAAUUAAAAACAAAAGUUGUGUAAAAGACAAAGUUACAGAGGACAAUUGAUAGACACCGUUGAAAUAUUCAAAGCCAUAUCAAUUUCUCUUAUCCAAAAACCUGUUCCACACAAAUUUUCCACAGCAAUGACAAUACGUGGAUUACUAUUUUUGUUGAUGUGUUUAUGUAUUCUUGGUUUAGUGAUUAUAUCAAAUUCAGAAUGGCCUUCCUUUAACCUUGGUUUUGCAAACAAAAGAGAUCGCCGUAUUACUCGCAGUUUAAAACAGUACAUCAAUUUAAAGGAAGUUCUUUCACAACCUUUGCCAUCACCAAGAGAUCGAAUUGCCAUUAUCUCAUAUAUCCCAAACAGCAUGGACCAAGUGCAUCAAUUCGUGACUAUGGUAUAUGGCUCAUGGAAAUAUAUUACAGAUUAUCGAGAUAAACUUAUCAGUCCAAUAAAAAUGGAUAAAGUAAUGCAUGUGGAUUUGUUGACAUUUUGUCAUCCGUCGAUAUGUCCAAACUUGGAACACAUAUGCGAGUUGUAUACAAAAAGUGUCAAUGCUACCACGUCUCCUAAAUGUUGGUUUGUUAAACAAGGAUUUGAAAUGGAGGUUCCAUACGGACCAAUCAAUUCUUUUGUUAUGUUCAACAGGACGGAUGUAGAUGAGUUGAUGCAACCGUACAAAUAUCUUUUGCGAACUGACCUUGACGUGUUUUUAUCGCCUGCUAUUUUAACAUUGAGACUAAGUAAAAGAAUUAUAACAGGUCAAGGUGGAUAUUGUGACCCAUUUAACAUGAAAAGAUUAAAAGCUAUUGCAAGUAAAUUAAAUAUGGUACAUCGAGGCGUACAUUGUGUUGGUUCGACUUGGUAUGGCGAGACAAAACUUUUCACUGAAACUUCUAAGAAGACAUUAGAAAUGACAGCACAUAUGUAUUUAAAUGAAUUUCAUCCAACUGCACCUGGAUUAGAAACUAUUAAUUUCACAGCAAAUCGUGAAGGAGAAUGGAUAAGAUGGUGGAGACCAGUCUCUCUCCUGUACGGUGCUGAACUUGCUCUAAAUCAUUUGAUUGAAGAUUUUUCUAUAGAAUAUAAACAAGAGAUGGAUACGCCAUCUUGUAGUACGAAAAAAAUUUGGGAAACGCCUCAUAUCCAUUGCUGGCAUUCCGAUUGUGAAUUUCAAAAAUUUAAAUUUGUAAUAAAUCUAAACAAAGCUAUCAGUGGUAGAGACAAUAUUCCAGGAAACGUCGUUCAUAAGAUUAUUGAAGGUAUAUAUUUUCAAAAUGUGACUAAUAUGAACAUCAAACAGUAUACGACAUAUAUUGCAUGGUCUUCUGUUGGAAAGUAUCUAAGGAAGAAAUUUCUAGAAUAACCACCUUUGUUGUAGUCAAUUUAUAUUCAGGUUCACACAUUAACUAUGUAAUGUAACAAUCCAGAGACAUCGGGCAAGAUUUAAGGAGGGGAAUCUUUCACUUCAAAAACUGCUAAAACGAAUUUAUAUUUUUUUACCUAAAACACUAAAUGUGUGGAAAAAAUAAAAGGGGGAGGGUUGAAAAAUACACUCUCUUCCGUCGUUGGAAUUCUUGGAAUUAUCCCGCUUUUCAAGUCAUCUUUACAGCUGAAAUUAAUUAGUAUCGACUAAGAUUUUUAAUAAAUGACAAACAAUUGUAAACCAUAUAGUUACAAGUUGGUUGCAGAAUCAGUCUAAAUUUUAUUUACUUGACUUGCCUUUUUCGCAAAUGUGUAAUUUUAGUAAUUGUAGGCGGAGGGGGGGGGGGGGGGGGGGCUAGGGACAGGUAAUGCCAUCACUUCCUUCGCCCUCCCCUUGACUCAAUGUCAACCAUGGUGGCGUAUAACUAUAGUAAUUUUUUAUUAGUUUCCUCAAAAUUUCCGACACAAUUACGCCCCUGAAUUUGUUUAUUUGUAUAUUUGUUGGAUAUUUUUUAUUAUAUGUAUGACUUAUUUGUUUUUCUUUUGUAUUUCUGUAAGUAAAGAUGUAUCACGAGGAAGAGAGGUCAAACUCAACCUUG